UUUUAUUUCAUUUUCACGUUUUGCGCCAGAAACGAAAACCUCCAAACCCAAACCCUCGCGAAUUGGGGUGACUUGAUUUUCCCUCUUCUCCUUCUCUCUCGUGAGAUUCGUCUCUGAAGCGAAAUUCUAGAAUGGCGGAAGAAGCUCCAGCAUCUGAAACCUCCGUCACAAUGCCUCAACCGUCGGAGGUUAUCACCGUCGACGGCACCCUAAACUCUUCCGAGAACGACAAGAGCGGAAUCUCCGUCGAUGCGGCCGCGCACAGCGGUGAAGAGACGGUGUCUAACGCUGAAGCUUCCGGUAGCGAUCCUCAGAAGUCUCUGGAGUUGGCGAAUGAGCUGAUGGAAAAAGGAAACAAGGCAAUUAAGGAAAACGAUUUUGGAGAAGCAGCUGAUAACUUUAGCCGUGCUCUCGAAAUCAGAGUGGCGCAUUAUGGUGAACUUGCUCCUGAGUGUGUGCACACAUACUACAAAUAUGGGUGUGCUCUUUUGUACAAGGCUCAGGAGGAAGCUGAUCCAUUGGCUGAUGUGCCCAAGAAGGAAGAUGGAUCUCAACAUGGCUCCAACAAAGAUGGUUCUGUGAAGAGUUCUUUGAAUGCUGAAUCUUCCACUGCUUCUUUUUCAAGCAAUGCCGAGCAGGAUGUGACUUCAAAUGACCAGGGUGGAGCAGUGGAUGAUGGGUCCACUAAGAAUGACCAGGAAGAAGAUGAUGAGGAUAGUGAUGCUGAAGACUUGGCAGAAGCUGAUGAAGAUGAGACUGACCUGGACCUGGCAUGGAAAAUGCUUGAUAUUGCCAGAGCCAUUGUUGAAAAGCAAUCUGUCAAUACAAUAGAACAAGUGGACAUAUUAUCAACAUUGGCAGAUGUUGCAUUGGAAAGAGAGGAUUUUGAAACUUCCCUCUCGGAUUAUCAGAAGGCACUAACCAUCUUGGAACAACUAGUUGAACCAGAUGAUAGAAAAAUUGCUGACUUAAAUUUUCGCAUAUGCUUGUGUUUGGAGGUUAGUUCUAAGCCUCAAGAAGCAAUUGCUUACUGCCAGAAGGCUACAUCUGUUUGUAAGGCACGAUUACAUCGUCUUACAAAUGAAGUAAAGAGUUGUUCAGAUUUGACAUCUGCUUCUGAGUUAGCUCAGGAUGUUCCAGCAUGUCCCAAAUCUGAGUCUAAUAACUCAAUUUUGGAUAAACAAUCAGAGAUUGAAACUCUCAAAGGUCUAUCAAGUGAGCUGGAAAAGAAGCUUGAAGAUUUGCAACAGUUAGUGUCGAACCCAAAGUCAAUUCUUGCUGAGAUCCUAGGAAUAGCAGCUGCCAAGGCAGGCAAUGUGAAGGAAUCAUCUUCAGCAAUGGUGAGUUCCUCACAGUUGGCUACUGCCAACGGCAGUGGAGGUUUUGAUUCUCCAACCAUUUCAACUGCCCACACCAAUGGAUCUGGUGGAGUCACACACCUUGGUGUGGUGGGAAGAGGAGUUAAGAGAGCAUCAAAUGCCACUCCGGCAGAAGGAAGCACACCAAAGAAACCAGGAUUGGAAUCUACUGAAGACAAAGAUGAUGGCAACUCACACUGAUGUAGGUCUUGGUUGGUUUUUAUGGUGUGUUUAAUUUGAACUUUCAAUGCAACCAUACAAUUUGGUUACACUUUUGAACUAUUGAUAAGGGGAUUGACUGUUCUCAGGGAAAUAGUGUUAUGCCAUAUAUUCUCCUUAGUGAUUUUAUGUGCAGCUAAUUGAUAUUGUCAAAAGUUUCAAGUUAUUUAAAAUGUCACUCAUACCAAAACCAUCAAAUUCUUGUCAA